UUCCUGCGUGAUGUUGGACAUCGCAAACAUACCUACCUGGGGUCUCAUGGAUUAAAACUAAAAAUAGAAAAAAUUCUACUAAGUAUCUAAUAACAUACCAUCAAUAGGAAACAAGUUUAUUUAUAUUUACAUCUGAAGCAAAAAUGUUUAUAAUAUAGCUACGUAAGGUGCUCAAGAAAAUUGCAUAUUUUGCACCUCUCUGGUGAGAUGAGAGGGACAUCUUCUUCUGAUGGUAGGCAUAUGUGACUAUAUAUUUUUCAUACCAAAACCUCCACAUGUAUUCAAACUAAUGAGCCCAAGGAGAAUCUUUGCGUGUUCCAGAAAUCAAGGCAUAAAUUAGCCAGUACCAAGGACAAAGUUAUUUUGUAUAAUUAAUCUGACAAAUAAGUAAACCACUUGUCAUCUAAAAUAUCACUUUGGAAUCUCGUUAGCCCACGUGAAUGGUUGUUGGAUUCUUAAAAUAGACCCAUAACACUGGUGCUGGGGGUAUAAAUAGUCAGAAUUGUGAAAAGGAUUAAUCAUUACUUGCAAAGUAAUUGCUUCAGUUAGAAGCAAAUUCGUAUCGUCUUUUGCUAAAAAACCAUAACUCUUUAGUUUGAAAAUUCCAAUUUAUUUGUUUUUAAAUUCUCAAGUUCGAAAUGUCAAGGAGUUUAACGGGUUUGACAAAAGUUAGUUUGGUGAUGUUAAUUGGUAUCACCAUAUUGCAGGAUACUUUAUCUGAACAAAGAAUAUGUGGUGCUGCGAUUAAUGAGGUUAUGACUUUGAUGUGUAAAUAUGGGACAAAGCCUCUUGACGUGAAGCGUAACUCAAUGUUGGAUGGAGACCUUGAAGACAACAAUAACGAAGAUAAUUUCGCCUUUAGUUUUGAUAUGAUACCCCAUUGGGGCAGCAUGGAAGCGAAUACUCUUGCCAAAAUUCGCAGGAGGCGUGAAGGAAUCUAUCAUGAGUGCUGUUUGAAGUCUUGCACUAAAUCGGAAAUUAUGUCUUACUGUCGUCCGGCAAAAUAGAUUUGACUAUUAUUUAUUUAAGAAAUGAUUUAAGAAAAAAAAAAGAAAAAAAUUCUAAGGCUUGUGAAAUAUUUAUUUUAAUAAAAAAAAAAAUUAUUAUGUUGUAUCAUCUUUGGCAUGAAUAAAAAAGUAUGUUAGUGGUUUUUAUUCAAGAGUUAGUAUUUUGUAUUGUAAACAAUUAUUUAAACCUUACCCCGCUCAAAAUAAAUGUCUAUUACAUGCCGUCAAUUCUGAUGUUAAUACUGAAAAUAAAAAAAUAGAGUUGCCACUUCUAAAAUGGGAACUUCCAUGUGGCAACCCUAUUUUAAAGGAAAAAUAGGGGGUGGCACCCGAUAUUUUUUAGAUAGAAGAGAGUCUAAGCUAAACAUGAUGUAUUUUACAGCCUUUAACUCUAUCAAAUA